UCCCUGACCAAUGAGGGAGGCUGGAGCCCAGUGGGCGGCACUAAGCACUGUUAUCUUGUAGGGCCCAAAACAGCAGGAAAAUCAAGCAGACCCAAUUAGGGCAAAACCCAGCAAUCAUCAUGCCUGGGAGAAAGCACAACCCAUGCCCCCAUAGACGUAGGAGGCGAGCUGUCUCCCGCUCCAUGAGAGCUGAGCUGCAGUUCCCAGUUAGCCAUGUGGACUGCCUCCUGCGAGAGGGGCAUUAUGCCCAACGCCUGAGCUCAGCUGCACCUGUUUUCCUGGCUGGUGUUCUCGAGUACCUGACAUCCAAUAUCCUGGAGCUGGCAAGCAAGGAAGCCUACAACACUGGCAGAGUGCGCAUCACCGGAAAACAUGUGGAGAGAGCAGUGCAAGAUCACCAGCAGCUCAGGAGCCUUCUGGAGAAAGGCACCUACUCUGAAGUUGAAGAGAUGUACCAGCUAAGGGACAAGCAGUGAUGCCUGGGUCUCAGAGCCUGGCGAACCUCACCACCAGCCUCAUCCAGCUCCCCAAAUUCCAACAGACCAAGGAGCCUGUGGGUCUGCCAUCAGCCUACACUAUUAAAGCCUACAUCAAUGCCAAUCUCUCACUCUUGAUCAUUGUGAGUUGAAGGUGUUUGUGAGUCAUGUGGGAUAUGUAAAUCAGGGAUUGCAGUGAUGACAAAGGAGGACAGUGACCCUGGUGGGAGAAGCUGCCUAGGGUAGAGUGGAGAGGACACAGCCCCACUGGGUCUGACUAUGGGAGGACUUAGGAGUCCAGGAUAUUGGCUAGGCCUUCCCAAACCUGUGGAACUCCCUGCAUGAUACCAGGAACUGGGUGGAGCAGGAGACCAUGAGCAGUUGCAGCAGUUAUUGGUAAUAGGGAAUGUCCAAAGUCAGAAGGUGAUGGCAAGAGAUGUGGAGUGUUCAUGGUAGACACUGGUUGACAAGAGCUUAAUGGGACAGGGGCUUUUCCAUGAAGAUCAAGAAGUAAUGGAGAAACUAUUAUGGGAAAUAUACAAAAUGGGAAAUAAACAAGAAAAGGCAAAAUAUACAAAAAAGGGAAAUAUACAAAAAGGGUUUUGUAAUCAUGCUGAUUGCAUUUAUAAUUUAUUUAAACCCUGCCUCAUUAAA